AUGGAAAAUAUUGUUGAACAAAGAGUGUGCCUUAAAUUUUGUGUUUCGAAUGAUAUUUCAUGUGGUGAAUCACUAAAAAUGUUGCGAAAGAUCUACGGCGAAUCGUGUAUAUCGAAAACAAGGGCUUAUGAAUGGUAUAAGGCUUUUAAAGAAGGCCGAGAAGUAGUAGUAGACUUGCCUCGUUCUGGUAGACCUUCAACCGCUACGACCAAAGAAAACAUCGACAAAAUCAAGAAGCUAGUGCUCGAAAAUCGACGUAUGAGUCUGAGAGAGUUGGCUAGUGAGGUGAACAUAUCUUUUAAGUCCGUCCACAACAUUCUCAUUGACAUUUUAGGCAUGAAACGCGUCGCCGCUCGACUAGUUCCAAAAGAACUCAAUUUUGUUCAAAGAGCGCAGCGAAAGCAUGUCGCUGAAGACAUGGUUUCCCGAGCUUCUACGGAUCCGACCUUUAUAAAACGUAUAAUAACUGGCGACGAGACAUGGGUUUAUGAGUACGACAUGCAAACAAGCCAACAGUCUUCAGAAUGGCGUCUCGAAAACGAGCCGAAACCCAAAAAACCGCGGCAAAGUCGCUCCAAAAUCAAGGUGAUGCUGACAGUUUUUUUUUACUACCGUGGUGUGGUUCACUCCGAAUUCCUUCCAAAGGGAGAAACAGUGAAUAAAGAAUAUUAUUUAGGCGUCAUGAAGCGUUUGCGUGAGAGUAUCCCCCGAAAAAGUCCAGAUUUGUGGCAACACAACUCAUGA